CUGACCUCUCAUUGUGCAUCAACCAAAUGUAUUAUUCUUCAUAUCCUUCAUUUGGUGCCACCAAGGUAGUAAGCACCGGUAUCACCACCGUCGACUGCGAGAAGCAAGUCCGGUCAUGGCGCCUUUUCCGGUCACUUCUAAAGCUUCUCAUCCCUACUUGCAACAACACCUUCACUGAACACCACCCUCAAGUUCACCAAAAAAACUGCAUGCAAUAUCAUGACUACUAUCCCUCAAACCCUAUUAUUAGUAACCCUACUUCAACCACCAUCACGGGGACAAUCUUCGGUCAACGCAAGGGAAAAGUCAACUUCUGUAUCCAGACAAACCCUAAAUCAUCCACCACACCGAUCCUUCUCCUUGAUCUAGCCAUUCCUACAACAAUCUUAGCUAGAGAAAUGCGGGGAGGACUGAGAAUUGUGCUCGAAUCGACGAGCAAUUUGAGGAGUAGUCUGGACUCGAACAACUCCCUCCUGUCCAUGCCAGUAUGGAAAAUGUUUUGCAAUGGGAAAAAAGUAGGGUUUGCUGAGAAACGCUCUCCUUCUAAAGCAGAUAAGGAGAUUUUAGAGCGCAUGGAGUCGGUUGCUGUUGGAGCAGGAGUAUUAAGUGGCAAAGAUCUUGAUCGAGACGACGAAACAAUGUAUCUUCGAGGGAACUUUCAGUGGGUUCGAGGGUCCUUGGAUUCGGACACUUUUCAUUUUAUUGAUCCGGAUGGUAAUGUUGGUCAAGGACUUAGCAUAUUUUUCCUACGCUCACGUAAUUAAGCUUGUUGAUUUAUGGAGUUUUUGGUUUGGAGGAACAGCUGUGCUAAUUUACAGUUGUCACCUUAUAACUUUGAAUCUAUUAUUGCCUAUACACAUGGCUCGGCACUGCUUCAAGUAUGUAUAUAGUUGUUCGGUAUCUGAUCUGUACAGCACUCGGCACUCCUGGAUCUCUUUUACCUGUAAUUUGUUUGGGAGGCCGAGUGCUUUUUUGAGUUGUGCUUGUGAGCAUGACUUUCUUAUCAUUUACUGGGCACUACCCAUCGGUAUUUCAUGUAUGAAAAUAUUUUGUCAAGCUA